CUGAGCAGAGACCAGGCAGACACACAAUACAGCCCCCGGAUCAAGAGGAGAGGAAACACCUAGCCCCCUCUGCAAUUUCCCCCUUUAUACGAGACCUUCUGCUUAUUUUUCUACUUUUUUUCCCUUUUUCUAACGUGACAAGAAACUCGAUAAAAAUGGUCCUUUUGUUUUGAGCGCACACACUCUCUCUGUCUCUCUCUUUCUCUCUUUCUCUCUCUCUCUCCAGUAGCCUAUGUCUGUGCGUCUUCUCACAUAUAUUUGCAUUAUUUUUUCUCCCACAUAUCGCUUCGCAGUAAUGUACCGCUAUAUGUUUGCAGACUGGUAGCAUCUGGGAGCUCUUUUCAACAGGAACCUGCACUGAAGAUAAACCAGGAUGGUAACACAUUGUUCGUAACCAGCUUCAGUUCGACGAAGGCCACCGUAACCCCACUCUCUUCUAGUGAACCUUGACAACCGUCUCUCAGCCAUGUCUAACAUAAACAAUGCGCUUUGCAUUGAAAAUGGACAGAAUGCUGAUGUGUCUCUCUUACAAAAGGAUAAUCUUCAGGAUGGUGGAUUAAGCCAGCUUUUGGAUUAUAAUGCAGAAAUGGAAAGGUACAGAUCUUUUGCAAACUUUUACAAAACCAAUGGGGCAUUUCCACAAACUGCUAAGAUCGCCCGCAUCACAACGCCCAUUUUUCCCAGUGCUAGAAUUGGCAUGUCCCCUUGGAACUGCGAUAACGCCAUGCUCUGGGGAAGGAAAUCAGCGGCAAUAAACCCUAAUAGGACCAGCAUGCAUAGAAAUGACUCCCAGAGGCCGGGGAAGCCUGGCGUGCCGCCAGAGACGCUGCAAAUGGCAAAUAAUAAUUUCCUCUCUACCUUAUCCCCCGAACACUGCAGACCUUUAGCAGGAGAAUGCAUGAACAAGCUGAAAUGCGGCGCUGCUGAAGCAGAGAUAAUGAAUCUCCCAGAACGCGUUGGAACUUUUUCCGCUAUUCCGGCUUUAGGGGGCAUCUCAUUACCUCCCGGGGUCAUCGUCAUGACAGCCCUUCACUCCCCCGCAGCCUCAGCAGCCGUUACAGACAGUGCGUUUCAAAUUGCCAAUCUGGCAGACUGCCCACAGAAUAAUUCCUCGGCAUCCAGUGGAAACCCAGCGAAGAAGAAAAGGAAAAGGUGUGGGGUCUGUGCACCCUGCAGGCGGCUAAUCAACUGUGGUGUCUGCAGCAGUUGUCGGAACCGCAAAACGGGCCACCAGAUCUGCAAAUUUAGGAAAUGUGAGGAGCUGAAGAAGAAGCCAGGCUCAUCGCUGGAGAGGACACCGGUCAACAACGGCGAAGCGUUCCGGUGGUUCUUCUAGAGCGGCCAGCCUCGACCGCCCCAUCCAGAAGGAGGGCAGGUGGGACUCUGACUCUCUGCCGGCAGCACUUGAGGGGUUCACAGAACCCAAAACCCCCCCACCAGAUUUGGAGAGGAGUAGAGAAGAAAAGUGGACAAAAGAUAAAUGAAAACAUAAUGGUGUUGGUUUAACUCUGUAAUUUCCUUUUCUGUGUAAUUAUUGUACCUUUUGACAGUAUCAUAAUGUAUAUUUUUGGUGUCUAUGAAUGUGUUUUCAGUGUUGUGGCUGUGAGUUCACAGCCAAUCCUAUGUAAAGGACAAACAACAAAUAGACAAUCAUACAAUCAUACUGAAUCCGUCCAACAGAAGAGGCCACGAGGAUUGAAGAUAUAACAAACACAACACACUCUACUCUGGAGCAAUAAUCUAUUUUGUUGAUGAUUCUUCAGCCUUUUAUUUUUGUUGACUUUUGAAUUAUUGUAUCAAAACCCAAUUAUCUUAUCAAGUUUUUUUUUUCUGUUGUUUUAUUUGGAAACCCUUUUGUGAUGCCCCUCCGGCUGUGGGAAGUGUAAGAUCGUCAGUGGUAAUGUGAUGUGUCUUGACAGAGACGAUGUAAAGAGAUGGUAGCAUCGCUCAUGUGAUGGGUUUAAUAGGGGGGUUUUCUCAUCUGAGUGGACUCACUGCAGAACAGGGCACAUUGUCUUGUGUGGUGAGUUGCGCUUCUGUGAAGUCAAAGGGGCAUCAUUUCAUCGUAACCGCACCAGAUGGUUGCAAGCCAGACUGCUGUCUGGAGGUGAGACUCACAAAGAUGAUGUAAUACAAGCUUUUAAUGAAACUAAACAGGCCAUCAAACCAUCUUCUUCUUUUGUGUUUUGGUUUGGAACACUUAAGGUUGUAACUGUCUAAAAGGUAGGGAGUAAUGCCAGUAAAGGAAUUGUAGGUUAUGUUGAAAACAUUCAAAUUUAGAAUUAAUUGCAGUACAGUAUACAUAUUUGACAUAUCAGAUGUUGUUCUGAAUCUAAGGGAUAGUCUGGACUUUUCCCCUGCAGAGUAAACAACAAUUCUUUCUCCUGCAAAGUAACAUUACACAUUCCAAAAACAAAAUUAUUCAAUAAGUUACUCAUUGUCUUAAAACCCUAUUGUUGCAUGUGUAAAUGUGUUUUGGUUUUAAAGAUUACUAAGAAUUUGUAUA